AUGGCUGCUAGGAAAGCCAUACAAGUUGGCACAAAAACAGUUAGGCCUGUCCUUUCCCUAGACUCAGCAGAAGCUAGAUCAAGAGUAUUGAGUCUUUACAAAGCUUGGUAUCGUCAAAUACCGUACAUAGUUAAAGACUACGACAUACCAAAAUCUGAGCAGCAGUGCCGUGCAAAGCUAAAGGAAUACUUUCAUAAGAACAAAGAUGUGAAUGAUGUCAGAGUUAUUGAUUUGCUUGUAAUUAAGGGUCAAAUGGAAUUAAAGGAAGUUAUACAUAUUUGGAAACAAAAGGGUCAUGUAAUGACCUACUUCAAACCAACCGAGGAGCCAAAACCAAAGGACUUCCUUUCCAAGUUCUUUUCAGGACUAGAAUAA